AUGCUGCUGCGGGGGAAACCACAGACGAGUGUUUCUGCCUAUCCUAUUGCCAUGUAUUGCAACCAAAACCCCAAGGCGAUUAUUCCCAACAUCCCUAGACACAUCCGCCACUUGUACAUCCAGCAUAAUGACAUAGAAGAGACAACUUCAAAGCCUUUCAUCAAUGCCACGUCCCUGAGGGAAAUCAACCUCAACUACAACAAGAUCCAAUCAUCUAAGGUGGAUAAAGAUGUCUUUAGUGUACUCCUUCAGUUACACCUUCAGCAUAAUAAUCUGGAAGACAUUCCUACUCCUCUGCCAAAAACUCUUAAGAGGCUUCAUCUCGGCUUUAAUAAAAUUUCAAAGAUGCCAGCUGACGCCACACGCAAGCUUAUGAAAUUUACAGUGCUGGAUUUGUGCAGCAACAGACUAACAGAUGCAAGUAUUAAAUGAAAGAUCCUAUCUGGCAUGAAGAGCCUCAUGCAAAUCAACAUGUGCAACAAUAAGCUCAAGUCUAUGCCAGCAGACCUUCCAGAAUCGAUCCAACAGAUAUAGCUGGAAAACAACUCAAUCGCCUCCAUACCGGAGGGCUACUCUAAGAAGACUCCUAAUCUUUUAUCUCUUCGCAUGUCGCACAAUAAACUCAAAUCGAUUGCAUACAGUGCCUUUAACCUGUCCAAACUGAUGGAGCUCAAAUUGGGCCAUAACCAGCUCUCCAACCCGUUUUUUGUUCCCAGGACCUUGGAAUAUCUUUAUCUAAACCACAAUGACUUUAAAGAUCUGAAUAUCUCUCUGAUGUGUCCAUCACUGGAUCUUGGGAACCCUACGAUGCUGACCUAUAUACGUCUCGACAACAAUAAGCUGAGAGGACCAGUAGACUACUGUGCUUACAGAUGUUUCCCAAGGCUGUAAAUGAUAUUUUAUGGAAACCAAAGAAAGGACGAUGAAGAGGACUCAGAAACUUAAAAAAUAUGUGAAACCCGAAUGACCAAAGGCAACAAGGCUAUCGACUUGAUAGAUUAGAUUGAUUUUUGAGAUGCGUCCUACUUCAACACACCAAACUACUCAGUAUUCAAAGAAUAAAGGAGGAUUUAUAAUAUUGAAAUAUUAUUGAAGAUACAGGUAUUAGUAAACAUUCCGUUCAUUG